AGAAUCCUUUCCCUCAACAAAUUAAGCAAUAACUAUUCCUUGAUCAACUUUACUUGAAAACUGAAACAACAAUAAUUGAUGAUGAUGGGCACUCAAAAACAACUAUGUUCUGUCCUAUGUCUUUCUCUAACACUUCUACUUCUCUCAGGUGAGGCUCAAUCGAAACGUAUUAUGCAGUAUCUUUCCCCGACAACGUUGUUCGUUUUUGGAGACUCCUACGCUGAUACCGGGAACCUGAAAUUAAGCGAACCCUGUUCCUGGAAAGACCCUUACGGUGUAACUUUUCCCGAAAAACCAUCCGGAAGAUUCUCCAACGGUAGAGUUCUCACCGAUUACAUUGCUAGGUAUUUGGGACUGAGAUCCCCAGGUCCAUAUAAAUUAUGGAAACUGAUGAAGCAUCAAUUGCAUAACGGGAUAAAUUUUGCAUAUGGUGGAAGUGGUGUGUUUGACACAUUGGUGAACAGGCCAAAUAUGACAAUCCAAAUCAGUUACCUAGAGCAGUUGAUCAAAGAAGGUGUGUACACCACCUCAAGUCUCAAUAAAUCAGUUGCCUAUCUCUCCAUUUGUGGAAAUGAUUACACUACUUUCAUGAUCAAAGAUGGCUCUACUAAGAACUAUCCAUCAUUCAUUGCUUCAAUGGUUAAUCAAACCGCCAUGAACAUGCGUCGCAUCCAUAGUUUGGGAGUGAGGAAAGUUGCAGUGGGUGGUAUACCCCCUCUUGGAUGUCUUCCUCCAUUCACAGGUUUAUAUUCGUAUAAACAAUGUAAUAAUACCUUGAACAACUUCAUUGCUAUUCACAAUCACCAAUUGAAUCAAGCUGUGACCAAGUUGAACCAACAGGUGAAAGAUCAAUCCACCUUCCUAGUUUUUGAUAUUUACGAGAGUUUCAUGUCAGUGUUGAACAAUCCAUCGAAGAGUAAUAUUAAGGAAAAGUUCAAGGCUUGUUGUGAUGGGAUAAGCAUCAGGUACAUUUGUGGGAGUGUUGAGAACAAUGUUAAGAAAUAUAAGAUCUGCGACCAUCCUGAAUCAACUUUCUUCUGGGAUGGCUUGCACCCAACUCAAGCAGGUUGGCUUGCUGUGUAUCAACAGUUGCAAGUCACAAGAACUUUUCAGCAAAUCCGGCACUAGAAACAUGUCAACAAUGUAGUUAUUUAUAGGUUUUCUACUUUUUUCAUAAACUAAAUGUUAUUACAAGACAAUCAUUUUA